CUUUGUCUCCUCGAGUGAACUCCAUCUCCUAUACUAGGCGCCUUGUUCAAAAAUGUUUUCGAAGGGUGUUAGUAUUUUCAGAUUUGCAGUUAAUUUGAGGAGUUUCGUAACUGCUUCUAAGUCUGCUCAAAAAGUUGCAGUGUUAGGUGCAAGUGGUGGUAUCGGACAGCCUUUAUCACUUCUUUUGAAACAGUCGCCCUUAAUUUCUCAUCUUUCACUGUACGAUAUAGCCCAUGUGAAAGGUGUGGCUGCAGACCUUAGCCACAUUGAAACCCAGGCGAAUGUGACAUCCCACCUUGGACCAGCAGAACUUGCAGAUUGCCUGACUGGUGCAAGUGUCGUCGUCAUUCCAGCUGGUAUGCCACGAAAGCCUGGGAUGACACGUGAUGAUCUGUUCAAUACAAAUGCAUCUAUUGUUGCUCAGCUCGUUGAUGCAUGUGCUAAAAGCUGUCCAAAGGCAAUGAUAUGCAUUAUCACAAACCCUGUCAACAGCACUGUGCCAAUUGCAGCAGAAAUUCUAAAACGUCAUAAUGUAUAUGAUCCCAAACGUCUUUUUGGAGUUACUACGCUCGAUGUCAUACGAUCAAAUACCUUUAUCGCUCAGGCGAAGGAUCUUGCUGUACGGAAAGUUUCUUGUCCUGUCAUUGGUGGUCACUCAGGUAUUACAAUUCUCCCGGUGAUUUCUCAGUGUACUCCCCAUGUGUCAUUUCCACAGGAUGAACGGGAAAAAAUUACUAAACGCAUACAAGAAGCUGGUACAGAGGUUGUUGAAGCGAAAGCGGGAAUGGGAUCUGCUACAUUAUCGAUGGCCUAUGCUGGAGCAAGAUUUGCUACCUCACUCUUGGAGGCUAUGAGUGGUCGGGCGGGUAUAGUAGAGUGCGCUUUUGUUCAGUCAGAUGUUACGGAAUGUGAAUUCUUCUCAACUCCCCUUGGACUUGGUGCCUCAGGUGUUGAGAAGAAUAUGGGUAUUGGCAAAUUGAACGAAUACGAGAUUGAAUUACUUAAAAAACUAAUUCCAGAAUUGAAAGCAAAUAUUAAAAAAGGCAAAGAAUUUGCAGCUACUUUUACACCUAAGUAAUAAGUGUAACUAGGAGGAGGUGUUCAGAUCUUCCCUUUCACCAUUUACCACCACCGCCUAGCAUCAAUUACAUUAUUCUUUUAUACAUACUUUUCUGUAUUUCAUCUGCAGUUAUUUGUUCUUUUAAGUAGUAGUAUCAAGUCUGAAUUGAUCGUUAAAAAAGUGGAUAAAA